UUUCAAUUACGUCUGCUGAGAAGAAUCGGUAAAAUUUAAUGGAACGCUUCUGUUUACACAAAAUUGUUGGUCACUUUUGGUGGGUGUUACAGUAUUUACCACCAUUGGAUAUCCGUACAUUAUCGUUUAAAGUUUUUGAAAUACUAUAAUCGUAUUAGUUUGGUAUUUGCUCAAAAUAUUUGGUGAGUUGUUUUGCAGAAAAAUGACAAUAUUCAAUCUGGAACGCUUUCCGCAUGUCUGCCGGUCCUGUUUGCAAGCGAGAACCGACGAUGAAAUGACUGAGCUCAACGAGCAUAGCGAAAAACACGGUUUAACGCUAAGAGAUCUACUUGAUGAACUUACAUUUCCUAUCCCACAGGAACUAAAUAACUUGACCCCUAAUGGCAUAUGCACGGAAUGUUUGAUUGAAUUAGACCGAUUUCUGGAGUACAAGAAACGACUUAACUACGUUUUGAAGUUUAUCUUUGGUUUGGCCCAGAUCAAGAUUGGUAAUGUGACCACGUUGAAGGAGCUGUUCAGCGAGGAUAGAGAUGACAUUCUAGCACUUCUGAAGAAACUCGGUGUACUGAACAAAGAUGAUGUUAAAUUUGAGGAUUUGCUUGGGGAGUUUUCCCAGUAUGAUAUCAGUUCGAUGGCGGAUGUUAAGAAAGAGAGCCAAGAGGAUGAAUUUGAAACUGACUUCCUGGAAGAUUCACUGGUAAAGGUGGAAGUCGAUGAAGGUGGACUGAUCGUCGAAUAUUUGGAAACAGCGGUCAAGCGUAAGCGAGGCCGUCCUAAGUCAAAAUUUGAAGAUAGUUUAAAGCUGAAGAAGAAAAUAAGUCGCCCGCGAAAAAUUAUCGUAGAAUCCGAUGAAGAUGAUAAACAGACAUUGAAAAAUGACAUUUGUCAUCCAACGAUGGUAAUUGAUGAAGACGGAGAGUUGGAUGAAAAUGACAUGAUUAUAGAGCGACUCUCAAACGCUUCCGAACACUUUGCCGACCAGGAUUUAACCGAAAUGCUAGAAAAUACUGACGGCCAAUUUCAGGAUGAUAUUGAUUCUGACGAGUUUCAGUUGGACGAGUCACUACUGGCGGAGAGCAGACAGAGAAAGCAACGGCAGAUAACCCCACGGGGACAACGAAAAAGCGAAUUACAAUAUUGUCCCAAGUGCAAGUUCAAAACGUAUUACCCGAAAACAUUCGUGGCACAUAUGGAAAAACAUGUGCAGCGAGAGCAAUAUCCUUUGAUGCAACGUUGUAAGCGUUGCGAUUUGCAGUUCGAGACCAAGAAAGAGCUUGACAAACAUAAGCGUUUAGAACAUCGCGACUUCAUGUGCGACACCUGCGGAUUAUCGUUCGAACAAAAGUUUGCUCUGGAAACUCAUCGAAAACGGCAUGAAAAUAUUCGCCAAUUCAAGUGCGAAUACUGUCCCAUGGAGUACUAUACACGACCGGAAAUGUUGCUACACGUAAAACAGGUGCAUCUAAAUGCUUUUCUGGUUAAAUGCACAGACUGUGGGUUGAGUUUCAAAACCAAGUCAACUUUGAACCAGCAUGUAAAAACUCACACCAAUCAGCGCACACACACGUGUAGUGUGUGCGGUUACGGAUUUAAAUCGUACACCCAUCUGAACCGACAUAUCAAGUCCGUGCAUCAGGACGUUCGGUACAACUGUGACCAUUGUGAGAUAUCCUACGGUCGAAAGGAUAAACUGCGAAUGCAUAUGGAGAAGGUGCAUAAUAUUCAAACGUACUUCGUUUGCGAGAUUUGCUUGCAAUCUUAUAACGCUAAAGAUAAAUUGGAUGAGCAUAAGGCUCAUCACGAGAAUCCCAAGCCUUUGCAGUGCGGCAUUUGUCUUGCAGCCCAUAUGAUGCAGGAGGAAUUCGACAACCAUCUUUGUAUUACUUACAAAGAAAACUACAUCUGUUGCAGCCGCGAUUUCAAAUAUCAUUUUUACUACAACAAGCAUAUGUUUUUAGUUCAUGGCAUGAAAACAAAUGUGCGUGUUAAACCUACGCAGGGGCUUCUUCUCGGACAAGUUCGAGCAAUGAGGAAACAGGCCGAGCGAUGUCCUAAGUGCGAAAUGGAGUUCCCUACCCGAAAUCAGAAGAAGCAGCAUAUGAUUUCGUGUAGAGGACAAAACGCCAUGUUAGCGGCGCCCAGUUCGAAUGACGAGACACCAAUUGUCACUGCAGCUCAGAUCCCGGCCGGUCCUGAAUCAACGGCAACUUCCUCCACAACGUACGAGAUAGAGUACAUUGAUAAUUACGACAGCAAGGAUAUAGUCGUGCACAAGGUGGAAGUGGUUUGAAUCAAUUAGAGAAUAAAAAGGGACAAGCAUACUCCCUUAAAUAAUCGUAUUUCGCUAGCUUUUACUAUAUAAUUUAGCAGAUAAGCGUUGAAUCUUCUAUCAUAUUGAUUACAGAUACAAUAAAUACUUA